AUGGACGACCAAUUCGGAGGCCGCACAGACGACGACCUCUUCUUUGACGAUUUUGAGCCCGUAAGCAAUCCGCAGGCCGUCGAGACCGUCGAAACCGUCGUUGCCACUGCUCCCCCUCCCGCCGCCGUCGCGACGCCGCCUGUUGAGCCUCAGAAACCCGCCACCGUCGCGCCGAAGCCCGCAGCGCAGCAGCAGCAUCAAGCUCCUCCUGCGCCAAAGCCAGCCCCGGCCAAGAAGCCGCCCACGGCGCCGAGGGGUGGUCUCGCAAACUCCAGAUUCGCCGACCCGAAGCCAGCCCCUGCUGCCCCGCGCGCCCCUCGCCAGGCUGCCCCCGCCGCCGUCUCGACUCCCCCUCCGACCGCGAGCACGCCCACACCUCAGCCCUCGACCGUUCCGGCGGCGCAAAACUCACCAGCCCCGGCCGCUGCGCCGACUGCUCCCGCUCCUCCUCCUGCUGCUGCUCCUACUCCUGCCGCCGCAACCCCAAGCGACUCUGCCUCGCCCAAUGCAACAACGAAGAGCAACUCCCCCGCGCCGCCGCCCUCGGCACCUCAUGCGCCUCGCGAGAAACAUGCCGCCCCCGGCGCAAACACAGCCCUCAACGCCGAAGCCCGCCUCGGCUCGGGCGCGAACCCGCGCACGAAGCUGAGCGAGGCGGAGCUAGCCGCCAAAAUGAAGCAGAUGCGCAUCCUCAACGCCGAGAAGACGCGCAAAUUCGAGCAGGCGGAGCAGGACGAGCGCAGCCACGCCGAGGCGUACGCGCGCGGCAUGGAGGAGGCGCGACAGCGGAAGAAGCUCGACGAGGAGAGGCGGCGGCGCGGGGAAGAGGAGCGCAGGCGCAUGGACGACGAGCGUGCGCGGAACCGGGAGAGGAAGCUCAAGGCUAUGAGUAUCAAGGAGGGCGGGUGGGAUGAGGGGAAGGAGGCGCUUGCGGCGGAAGAGGAAAGGAGGGGGUUCCGCGGGGCGAAUGGUGGGAUUCGGGGGACGAGGUCUGGUGCUGGGCUCGCGGGCAGUAGGUUUGCUUCGCGCGAGGAUGAUGCGCAGCAAGGCGAUCGAUACGCUGGUGGUGGUAGUGAGGAGCGUAGAGGUGGUCGGGGCCGCGGAAGGGGUGGUCGAGGGCAAGGCCGGGGUGGGCGCGGCGGUCGCGGUGGAUACGGCAACGACCAUGAACGAGGUGAUUCGAAUGGCGCUCGCGAGGCCAAGACACACGCCACCCAACCCCCCGCGCCGGCGCCUGUCAUCAGCACCGAAGAGUUCCCUGCCUUGCCCGGUAAGGCUACGAGCGGCGACAUUUCGCCUCCUGUCCUGUCGCCUCUCGGGAGAUGGGAUGACGAGAUGGAGGCAUUCGACGAGAAGCUCAAGAGCGCCGCCGCGCAGUCGUCUUCGUGA